AUGGCAUCAAGGGCCUCCUGUUUCCUCCUGCUCGCCCCCGCCCUUCUGUGUCUCCUCUCGUCUCCCUGCGUUGCAGAUAGCAUCCUGUAUAGCGGCAGCAGCCUCUACACCGGCCAGUCACUGAACUACGGUAGUUACUACCUCACCAUGCAGAGUGACUGCAACCUGGUGCUCUACGACGCAGGCCGCGCCCUGUGGGCCACCAACACCGAUGGCCGGGGAAGCAACUGCCGGGCGGCAAUGCAGAAGGACGGCAACUUCGUCGUGUACAACGGAAACAACAACGCCGUGUGGGCGAGCGGCAGCAACCGGGGAAACGGCAACUACAUACUCAUUCUGCAGCGCGACCGGAACGUGGUCAUUUACGGUGGCUCUAUCUGGGCUUCUGGCAGCAACGCAUACGGGACAGGGGUCACGAUAUCGGGCGCGCCCGCGGCCGUCAACGAUGACAUCUCAGCGCCGGCAUCGGUUGCCGGGAGGGAGCUGGACCUGGGCCGGAAGAUCAGCCUCGUCACCAACAGGGCAUAA